AUCCCGACAGCCCCCUCCAAGCCCCUCUAGCCACCAACUCAUUCUUUGAGAAAAUUGAUGACCAAACUUGGGAUUUUCUCCUUCUUUUCUUGAUAAGUAAUGAGAUUUGGGGUUUAGAAUCUUCCCUCUCAACCCAGAAAUCCCGGAUCUGCUCUGCUUCUUCCUCCCUUGUCCGUCGGGUUCUGCUGGGUUUGAAUCCUUCGGCUUUUUCUGGUAAGAAGCAGCCUUGAAUUCAUCCUUUCUCUCUCUUCAUUUGGCUCGGGUUACUCUAAUUUUGUUAUUGGUUCUUGAAUUUCUGGAGUUUGCCGUGAGUUUCCCCCUGGAUCCCGUCGGCUUCCUCACCAGCCAAGCUCGGGUUCUGCUGGCUGGAAUUCUGGUUCCCGAUCAUUCUGUCAGUUAGCACUGAGAUUGAGUGCUCGAUUUUAUGCGAGUGAGGUAAGUAAAUUAUGAAAUUUGUGAAUAUUGAGUUUCUGUUAAAUCCAUGCCCACAUGGAAAUUUUCCGAUUUGUUCUGAAAUUCGAGAUUGAUUGUGAAAUUCGGGUUUUUCUGUAAACUCUGCAUGGUUUUGUCUCGGAUAUAGUCAUGAUUAUUAAUUACUGUGCCCGCUAGUGGGAGGUUUAUAAACACUAGCACAUGUCGACAUGUAUUUCUGUAGAACCGAUUCACCCUACCAAUGGGGUUAAACAUUGGUAAUUACUGUCGCCUGCCAGUGGGAGUUGUAAACAUUGGUACCAUUACUAACGCCUGCCAGUGGGAGUUGUUAAACACUGGCACUUCUGUAACCUUGCCUAUGGGGUUAAACAUUGGCAACUACUGUGCCCGCCAGUGGGAGGUUUAUAAACGCUGGCCAUGACUUAUAGAUGAGACUACUGAACUGAGUUUUCUUCUGCAUUGACGGUUUGUCAUGAAACGUUUUGUUAUUGAACUGAAUCUGAUUUUGCAUUGACGAGUUGUCAUUGAAUGCUUUGCAAUUAAACUGAAUCUGAUUUUGUCACUGAGCGUUUUGGUUAUAUUAAACUGUUUAUCUGGCGUGCUUAAAAGUUUUACCCAAGGGCUAUCCAUAUUUACUUACUGAGUUAUCUCAUAGUUUUCCCUUGUCCACCAUUUCAGGAAGCGAAACCGAGGACGGGGAAACCGAGGGGAGUGACGAGUUAGAAGGCUAGCCAUUCUAGUUGGAUAUAAGUUUUAGAUUUUAUCAUCCUUUUGUAAGUGAGAUUUUAUUCUUGAGAUUUAUGAUUUGAAUAAGUUCCGAGCCUUGUGUACUUGUGGGACCCGUCUCACGAGUGUACGGCGUCUGUCGCGUCUCGAAAUUGA